AUGUGCACUUAUUUUUAUUAUAUACUUGUCCGUAAACGCGUUUCAAAAGAAGAAUUACCUUCAUCAUCUCUUAUGCUUCGACGUAUUUGUAAUAUAUUUCAUGUUCCCAAUCUUCUUUUUCAUUCGAUGUUUGGUCUUAUCCUUCUUGGUGUUCCUAUUGGCUUUGAAUUUGCUGUUCCUUGGAAAUCCAAUUUAAAUCCUAGGCUAUUAGAAAAAGGUACUCUUAAUCUAAGUCAAGCAUUAGACAAUUGUUUGAGAGCUGUUGGUGACAGUGCUCUAUCAGCAUGUUUAUCAAAAACAAUUCCAUUAAGCUCAGAAAACAGAACAAAUAUACUCGGUAGUAUUCUUGGAGAAUUUUUAUUACUCUUAGGAACACGAUAUGCCGAGGGUUGUACGAGUGGUCAAGGAAUGUCAGGUAAAAAUAGAAUUGGUUUCUCAUUUGCUAUAUAA